AUGACUAGCCCAGUCGGCUAUACUUUUUUACGCUGCGAUGCUGAUUUGAAUCGCAUUACCUCACGGCUGUCAUAUCUGAAGGAAGUUGGAGCAACAGCAUCCUGGAUUUCGCCCAUAUAUGAUUCACCGAUGGUAGAUAUGGKCUAUGACAUUGCGAACUUCACGAAAAUUUAUCCGGUUUUCGGUACCAUGGAGGAUUUCAAUGCUUUUUUGGCAAAAUGGACCCAGGGAUGGGCGAACGUUCACCCCYAAACAAAUGGAUUAUACUGCUAUCUGCACCAGUUUCUUGCAAAUGAAACUGACUUAAACUGCUUUAAUCCCGUUGUGCGUGAGCGUAUGAAGGAAAWGAUGAAAUUUUGGCUCGAUCGCGGUGUAGAUGGCUUUCGCAUGGACGCCACGAACUUUUUAGUUGAAAAACGUUUCGAAAAUGGCACAUAUCCAGAUGAACCGGUUACUAUGAUUAUUGAAGGAUAUUCCGAUGUCGACGUUGUGAGUAACUAUAUCUCUAAUGGCACCCAUCUCGGUGAACAGUUGCCAAUGAAUUUUAAUUUUGCGAAACUGAACGAAAACUCCACAGCGGAGACCGGAGCCGAAAUGGCCAAUUGGGUGGCAAACAAUCAUGACUACAGUCGCUUACCAACACGUAUGGGUGAGAGCAAAACGGAUGCGAUGACUAUGAUAAUACAUGGACUACCCGGUACAUCGAUUACUUAUUACGAUGAAGAGAUCGGAAUUUCUGAUGGAGAAAUCGAUUGCGCCGGCGACUCUUGCGACUUUCGUCAUCCAGAGCGCACAUCGAUGAAAUAA